AGUACACAGAAACGAGUUGAUUUUCGAGCCAAGUAGGGCACGCACGAAGUGCCGCAUUAAAUACAUUAAACAUUUCUUUUUUUCCUUAUUUUUUUUGUUUUUCUAAAAUUUUCAAUUUCUCGAUCGUUUUUAAACUAACGCACUAACGCUCAAUUAAGUUAAGUGUUAUUAAUUUAAAGCAAAGAGUUCGACGUAACUAUAAGGUUACUUGCCUGAUAAGAAUGUAUUACUAAAAAUCAGCUGAUCACACCAGACAAAGGGUGUAUACAAUACCGGCACUAUUCGUCUCUUAGGUUAGGUUGCUCUUAAAAUAAUACAAAAUAUAUGGACACGUUGCGUCCAUGCGCGCGUGACAUAUAUAUCGUGAAAUUUUUCGUCGAUAAUUUUAUCUACUUUUUAUAACUUAUCACUAAUAAACUAUAGUAAAUAAUUAAAAUUAUUUAUGAUGUCUGAAUGUAGUUCGAAAGAUGUAAUUAAAAUUGACGAUCAUAACGAAGUUACUGAAGAAGAUGAAAUAGCUGCUAUUGAUUACGAAUUACGGAAAAUAGAAACUGAAUUACAGAAACUUGAAGAUCGUAAAAAUGUGUUAAUCCAACGUAAAGAAAAAUUACGCGAUGACGCACUAUUGAAAAAAAGCUUGUCUGUAUCAAAAAAGAAUUGGGAUGAGGAAAAUUUCAGUUGGUCCAAAAAUCUAAAGAAAACGUUACAAGAUGUUUUUAAGAUACAAAACAUGCGAGCUUUACAAUUACCAACCAUGAAUGCAACCUUAUCUAAUGAAGAUGUUAUUUUAAUUAUGCCUACAGGUGGUGGCAAAAGUUUGUGUUAUCAAUUGCCGGCUGUAAUUAGUAAAGGCAUUACUAUAGUAAUUUCUCCUUUAUUAUCAUUAAUGGAAGAUCAGUUACAUGGACUGCACAAACUUAAUGUGAAAGCUUUAAUGUUGCAUGCAAAGGCAAAUAAAGAAAAUGUUAAAACGAUAAUGAAUUCCCUAAUAGAUAAAAAAUCUGAUCUUAAAUUAAUUUAUGUUACGCCAGAAUAUAUGGCAAAAUCAAAUCGUUUUAUGAGCAAGUUACAAAAAGCAUACGAAUUAAAAAAAUUAGAUCGUUUUGCAAUAGAUGAAAUACACUGUUGUAGUCAAUGGGGACAUGAUUUCAGACCAGAUUAUAAUUUUCUUGGAAUUUUAAAAUCUAUGUUUCCAGGUAUACCAGUUCUUGGUCUUACCGCAACAGCACCAGCUAAGAUUAUUUUGGAUGUACAGAAAAUGUUAGAUAUUCAAGGCUGCCUAGUUUUGAGAGCUCCAUUUAACAGACCAAAUUUGUUCUAUGAAGUACGUCGUAAACCAGCAGAUAAGGAUACCUGUCUAGCAAUGAUAGAAAAUUUAUUAAAAAAUAGGUUCAAAGAUAAAUCUGGUAUAAUUUAUACAACUACUAUUAAAGAUGCAGAACAAUUAACAACGGACUUACGUAGUUUACAAUUAAAAGUGGGAUGUUAUCAUGCAAUGUUAGAGGCAGAUUAUAGAUCUGAAGUAUAUGCUAAAUGGAUCUCUGGUAAAUACCAAGCUGUAAUAGCUACAAUUGCUUUCGGAUUGGGUAUAGAUAAACCAGAUGUUCGUUUUGUCAUACACCAUUGUAUUUCUAAAUCUAUGGAAAAUUUUUAUCAAGAAAGUGGAAGAGCUGGUAGAGAUGGUAAAAAAUCAGCAUGUAUUGUCUUGUAUAGAUUACCUGAUGUGUUCAGGUUAAGUACUAUGGUAUUUCAAGAUAAGGUUGGCUUGCAAAAUCUGUAUAAAAUGUUAGAAUAUUGUUUGGAUCAAAACUCUUGUAGACGUAGCCUUAUCGCUAAACAUUUCGAAGAAAAUUGGGAAACUAAGGAUUGUACUCAAAUGUGUGACCAUUGUCGGAAACCCAAGGAAAAGAAGGAAUUCAACAUAGCACCAUAUUGUAGACAUUUGUAUGAAAUUAUUACAAAAGCCAUCCAAAAUGAGACAAGAUUAACAGCAUUAAAGCUAAUAGAUGCUUGGUUUGGUAAAGGAGCAUCGUUAUUAAGAGUUGCCAAAGUGCCUACUCCAACCUUUUCUAGGGAGACAGGAGAAGCUAUAAUAGGACAUUUACUGAUAAAUGGCUACCUGCAAGAAGAUUUUCAUUUUUCAGCAUACUCUACAAUAUCCUAUUUAAAACGUGGACCUAAAUCUGGAGUAGUUCUUGAUAAAGAUCAUAAAAUAAUAUUUAAUUACGAAGUACAUUAGAAUACAGUUAGAUACUGUAAACUGUGUAAAAAGCAUCACUGAAGAUAUUCAGGAUAAAAUCCAAUUAAUCGGUUUUAAUUAUUUUUUAUUUAUUUACCAAUAGUAAUUAAUACAAUAAUAUUAUUUAUUUAUUCCUAUUAAAUAUUAUACUCAUUAUUCGGUAAUUUAAUGUAACUAUUGAGUCAUGUCUAAUAUAAAAACGAUUGAUUAGAGAAAUCAAGCAAACCGAUCUUUUAAUAUAGGACAAAAAAUCAUACACACGAAAAACAGACACUCUUGAGAAAUGGAAGUUAAAGAAAACGCAGAGUGGAGGAACGAAGAGAAGGUGAAACGAAUGAGUGGGUAAAGUUCGAAGAUCAAUAAAAAAAGCAAGCGGAGGUGUAACGAGAACGAUAUGUCGAUAGCUCGGGUAGUAGGGCAAAACACGCAGGUUUCGCGAUCAGAUGAAAAUAUUGAUCCUGGAUAAGAGAGAAGCAGCGCGACGCUUUGCAUGUGGCAAAACACGUUUUACGUUCCGUUGUAACGCCGUCUUUACGAGAUCAAGUCGAUACUUUUCUGCUUGUUCUUGGAAGAGCAGCUGAGGCGUCGCGACGCUACCUAUAUAUCAUGAACAAGUGAUGGAGUACGUAUGGACUGUGCUAUGUUUAUAACUCAUCGACAGUGAUCAUUUUGCGCUCUCUCUCUCUCUCUCUCUCUCUCUCUCUCUCUCUCUCUCUCUCUCUCUCUCUCUCUCUCUCUCUCUAUCUCUCUAUCUCUCUAUCUCUCUUUCUCGCUCUCUCGCUCUCUCUGUGUUUACCGAAAAAAAUCUUUCUUUGUAUAUGUAUGUAUAGCGUCGGUGUUUUUACAUAUGAUAUAUACAUGAUGUCUCUAAGUAAACGUGAUUUUUCUACACAAAAAUAUUUUGUGUAUUAUUGAAUUCGUUCUUUGUAAUCAUUAUUGACCUUUGAUUUGGACAUACAUAAUUCGUCGCUUGCAAUUGAACGUUUCUCAACAAGGAACGUAUUUCAAUUUCAUAAGAUCCAGGUGAACCUCUGUAUAGACGCUUUUUCUGAACUGCUUUAUCAAAAAGACCAGGUACAUGUACAUAUAUGAUAAUUGCUUAUAAUAUGAAUGCGAACAAAUAAACGAUUUUGCACGAAUUUUUUCCAUUAAAAUAUGGUUAAAAGAUAAUAACUUACGAAAACGUUUAUUAUACAUAUGAAUUUUUAUCUCUUUUUAUCUUUUUUUCUUCAUUUGUUUUUAACGAAAAAUUAUUACAUCCAUUGCACCAUAUUCUAUUUAAUUCUACAUGUAAUUUUGUACAUAUUGAUUGAAGUCAAACAGAUUCUUAAGAAAAAUAAAUGAUUAAAAAAAAUAAAAUUAAUACUGACUUCACGAACACCUUGUAGAUAUUUUACUACUAUCCAUGCAUCUAAAAUAUGCAUCUCUAAACAUUUCUCUUAACGAACAACAUCAAAGAUAUUUCCAGUAGACAUAUUAAAAUGAUCGAUAUUAUUUAUAAUUUAUUCACACAACAGGCAUUUCCAUUUAUCUGAUAGCAAAGAAAAAAUGUUGUUUUAUUUUCUGACGCCAUAAUAAGUUUAUUUUAUCGCAAUUCAUUUAAAAUUCCCUGAUUGCCAUUUAUUGGGUCAAUAUUUUAAAUAAACGGGGAAUAUUUAUAAUAAAAUAUCAGUACGUAAUAUAAAUGACGUAACUCUGACGCAAUCCUGACACUUAAUUAUUUAUACUGAACAAAAUAUUGAUGCAUACUGAUUAUAUUUAUUUAAUAAAAUACUUAUCAUUAAUUAUUAAAAAAUACUGAUCAAAUAAAUAAAAAUUAAAUUCCUCGAUCA